UGUAGGUCACGCAAGGUUGACGUCAUACUGACGGAAGAUUUCUCGAUGUUCGGUGGAGGAUUUCGUGCCCAGAAGCUGCGAGUCAGUCUUAAACUUGCUAUUAACCGCUUUAAGCAUUUGGAGAAAAAGAAGACUGAAAAUGCGUUGAAGGCUCGGAAAGAAAUUGCGGAUUACUUGGCUCAAGGUAAAGAUGAACGUGCUAGAAUUAGAGUAGAACAUAUAAUUCGUGAGGACUAUCUAGUUGAAGCAAUGGAGAUAUUGGAGAUGUACUGUGACUUGCUGCUGGCUAGAUUUGGUCUCAUUGAAACAAUGAAGACCUGCGAUGACGGUCUCUUGGAGUCAGUUUGUACUCUAAUUUGGGUUACCCCAAGGCUAUCCACUGAUGUAGCUGAAUUGAGACAGAUUUCGGAGCAGUUGGCUCUGAAAUACGGAAAGCCAUUUGCAGAUCAAGCAAGAGCAAACAAAACCAAUUCAGUGAAUGAAAGAAUUGUAGAAAAGAUGAGUGUGCAAGCUCCACGUCGUUCACUAGUAGAGAACUACCUGGUGGAAAUUGGAAAGAGCCACAACAUUCCAUAUGAGCCUGAUCCAGCAGCUUUUUUGGAUGAUGAUAUUGGCUUAUUGGAAGAAAAACUGGACUUUGGAGGCGAAGGAAACAAUGCUGGUGGAAGAAAGGGUGGGGGAGGAGGAAUGAGUGGAGGUGGAGGAGGUGGAGGGGAUGUAAAACACAGUAGUGCCUUGCCACCCGCUCUUCCAUAUCCAGUGGCUGCUGCCAACCCAGCGUAUCCACCUCCAGUUGUUAGUCAGCCUUACCAACCUCCUUCAAUGAUGCCACAACCUUCUCAUAAUGCUUCUCCUCCUUACUCCGCAGCAGCAGGAAAUGGACCUUUUGUUGUACCUGGCUCUCAAGGUCCAUCAUCAUUGCCUCCUCCAAGCUAUCAUGCAUCUUCUUCACCAGCUAGUAUACCACCUUUACCGCAAGUGCCGACCAACAGUUUGCCCAAGCUAAGUGUUGGUUCUGGAAGCGCUGGAGGAGAAGAUGUGGACUUCGAUGAGCUGACAAGACGAUUUGAAGAGCUAAAAAAGAAGAAGUGAAGUUACUGAUGCUGUCUCUCAUUUUUCAAGUAUCACACCAUUAGGAUUUAACAACAAGAUUAUGUACCUAGAGUGAUGUGAGUGUGUUUAUGUUGAUAUGGUAGUGACAUGAUGAUGGUAGUUUGUUAGCUGCUGGCGUAACCAACAGUUUCAACAGGGGCUUGCAAAUUGGCAGAGGACGGAUAUGAUCCUCUAAUUGUAGUACCAUAAAUAACUAAAUGAAUAGAUAAAGUAGGUGGUUGGA